UGCUGCAAGAAGGAAGCCAUUCAUCUGUUGGGAACACAAAAAGAUUUUUCUUUUAAACAGUGCAAGGAAAAGCUUUGAGAAAAUGCUGUGGCUAUUUCAUAGACAGAAUUAGCUGUGCGACUUGAUAAACUGAAAUCAUUUACAUUUUAAAUGACUAUCUCAGCAAAACGAAUGAGGGCUGUUCACACCCUGAAGAUUGUAAAACAUUCUCAGAAGGAUCAACCAGAUCAAGUUACACUGAGAUGAAGGCUCUGUCAAUUUGCCACAGCUCCUCUCUACCCGAUUUUAUCAUUUUCUUCAUUGCAUUUUAUGUUCACAAGCUGGAAUCAGCUCGGUUCACAGUGAUUGGACCUGAUCACCCUGUCACUGCCAUUGUGGGUGAGGACAUUGUGUUACCCUGUCACCUGUCCCCCAGGAUGAGCGCUGAGAACAUGGAGGUGAGAUGGUUCCGAUCUGAGUUCACUUUGUUUGUACACCUAUAUCAGCAUGGAAAGGAUGAGUAUGGGCAGCAGAUGCCAGAAUAUCAUGAAAGGACAGAGCUUUUGAAAGCCAGCAUCAUGGAUGGGAAUGUUGCCUUGAGGAUUGUGAAUGUCAGACCCUCUGAUGAAGGACAGUACCGCUGUUUUGUUCAAGAUGGUGUCUUUUAUGAAGAAGCAGUAUUGGAACUGAAGGUAGAAGCUUCAGGCUCUCCACCUCAAAUCUCUGUUGAGGGUUAUCAGGAUGGAGGGAUCCGAAUGGUGUGUCAGUUGGCUGGAUGGUACCCAGAGCCCGAGGUGCUGUGGAGAGAUUGCAGUGGGCAGCUUUUAUCGUCCUCUACUAAAACAAAAUCCAAAGAUGAACGUGGGCUCUUUGAAAUAAAAAGUUCUAUCAUUAUAACAGAAAAUUCAAACCAGAAUUUAUCCUGUUCUAUAAGGAACGCUUACGUCAACCUAGAAAAGGAACCCUCAACUUUUUAUUUAUCAGAUUUCUUUUUCCCAAGAAUGUCUCCUUGGCCGGUGGUUUGGAGUGUGACUCUGGUGAUUUGGUUGGUGUUCAUCAGCCUUACUCUUUUUCUCUUCAAAUUAAGAGGGAAACAUCUCGACACUAUCAGUAAGCUUCAAGUAGACCUAGAGUGGAGGAGAUCCCUAAGCGAUGCAGUGAAUGUGACUCUGACUCGGACUCUGGAUCCAGACACAGCUCAUCCCCAACUCGUCCUCUCUGAGGGUGGGAAAUGUGUGAGACGGGGAUACACAUGGCAGCAUCUGCCCAACAACCCUGAGAGAUUUGACACUGAGCCCUGGGUGCUGGGCUGUGAGGGAUUCACCUCGGGGAGACAUUGCUGGGAGGUGGAGGUGGGGAAUGAGCUUCUCUGGGCUGUGGGGGUGGCCAGAGAGUCUGUGGAGAGGAAGGGACAGAUCAGCUGUCGCCCUGAGGAUGGGAUUUGGGCUGUGGAGUGGUGGCUGAGUCAGUUCUGGGCUCUCACCUCCCCUGCGACCCCCCUGCCCCUCCGCCGGGCCACCAGCAGGAUCCGGGUUUGUCUGGACUGUGACUGGGGGCAGGUGACAUUUAUCGGUGCUGGUGACGAGGCCCCGAUCUUCACUUUCCCGCCAGGCUCCGUCCCUGGGGAGAGAAUCCGACCCUGGCUCCGGUUAGAGGUGGGAUCCCAGCUCAGACUGUGUCCCUGAGACACACAGCAGAGGGGUGAACCAGAAAUUAGCCUCUCUAUCCUCAUGAACCCCAGUCUCUAUGAUCUUGGAGGACUCCCCUCUACCCAGUCCCUGGCUCCUCAUCUCUAUGGCCCCAGAAAGCUCCUCCCCCUCCUUCUCUGCAGCCCCAGGAGACAGAGCAGGAGGCGGAAGAACCCCUGGGGCUGCAGGAGGGGCAGAGGGAGGGGCUGGGCAGAGUCUAGCACUAACAGCUGGGUUGGGGACAGGCAGAGGUGGGGGUGGGAGGGACACAGAAUGAAUCAAUCAGGGUUUCCCGGGUUGGGGAGAAGCUGGAAGCUCCGCAGCAGCAGGGAGCAUUUUGUGCAGAUCUGUGGGAUUAGAUCUCACUGGGGCAGCAAGACGGGAAGGGAUAAAAUCAGGUGAGAGAAUGGAGCAGCCAAGGGGGAUGAUCUGUGCGAGGGAGGAGAGAGGGAGAGACAAAGGAAAAUAAACAGGGAUCACAAGUGAGGGCUAGAAAAAUGCUGAGUAGAAAAGAAGAGUAUAAAGGAAAAGGGAGAAGGAAAGGGAACGUGAGCGGGACGGAGAGAUUUAUUAAAUGUUACUAAAAGUGAGACUGUAACUCAUUCAUUCCCUAUAUUAAUUCCUGGCCAUUGGUGCUAUUUUAGUGCCAUUAAGCAAACUGCUCUGAGUAGCUGUGGAUCUCCUUACACUAUGCUGUGGUCAUUAAAAUCUGUCUUAGCUCCUUUUACUUUCCUGCU